AUGCAGUGGAGAGGGAGAGGCAGGGAGAGGGAGAUACGGCGCAAGGGAGAGGCAGAGAAAGAGGGAGAUACGGCUUUAGGGCUUGCUGCUACAGGAGGUAACGAACGUGCCCUUGCUCAGCUUGCUUACAACGAUGAGAAAGUCAAGGAGCAUUUCAACAUGAGAAUCUGCAAUGCGCUUGAGCAUCGGAGUGAAGAAGAGAGUUCAGAUUUGGAAGAGAUUGGAAGAGAAAUUGUAAAGAAGUGUGGAGGGUUGCCUCUUGCAGCGAAGGCAAUAGGGAGUGCUAUGUGCUCGAGAAUGACAAGAAGGGAGUGGGAGUUUGUCUUGAGAAGCGAGAUAUGGAACUCAGGUGAUGUCUUGGGAGGUAUUUUACCAGCUUUGUUACUAACCAACCAUGAUUUACCUCCUGCUUUGAAGCAUUGCUUCUCGUAUUUCUCUAUUUUCCCAAAAGAUUGGGAAAUAGAGAAGGAUAUGAUAGUCAAGUUAUGGGUGGCGCAAGGUUUCAUCCGCUGCGAGGAAAGUGAAGACAUGGAGGAAAUUGGUAGGCUGUAUUUUGAUGAUUUACUAAGACGCUCGUUGCUCCAAGUUGCAGAAUUCGAUUAUUACAAGAACAUACUCAAUUACAAGAUGCAUGAUUUAGUUCAUGAUCUUGCACAAUUUGUUGCAGGAAGUGACUGUUCGUUGGUGGAGAUUAGAAAGCAGGCCUUGUUGAACCUAAACAAUCUCCGCCAUUCUUUUUUAAUUGUCAGUGAUGAAGCUGAUGAAGUGGCUUGCAUUUCAUCCACCUUGUAUAAGGCUCCCAAGCUGCGAAUGCUGCUACUCCACUCAAGUGUCUCCAUGGUGCCACAGAUUUUAUUUCAUCAUUGGAGACGUCUUAGGGCAUUGGACUUGAGUAACACCAGCAUUAAGAAAUUGCCUCCAACGGUGGGACAGUUGAAACACUUGAGAUUUCUUGAUUUGUCCGACACAGGCGUGGAGGAGUUGCCAGAAGGGGUUAGUAAUUGCAUCAAUUUACAGACCUUGAGACUCAAUUACUAUAAGAAGCUUAGAAAACUGCCUAGAGGGAUGAAGAAAAUGAUUAGCCUGAGACAUCUAGAAUUUGAAAGGUUUAUCGGUAUAAAGUACUUACCAAAGGGUAUAGGGAGACUAACUGGCCUUCAGACCUUAACAAAGUUCAUCAUGGGUGGUGAUGAUGAUGAAGGAUGUAACUGGGGUGAACUGAAAUACCUCAAUAAUCUUCUAGGAAGACUUGAAAUUACUGGCUUGGAAAAUGUCAUGAGCAGAGAUGAAGCAAGAGAGGCAGAAUUGUAUAAAAAGCAGCACCUUCAUUCGCUAUACUUGCAUUAUGUGUACAGACCCGGUGAAGCAUUGGAUGAUGAGGUGAAGAGAAUGGAGGUUGUGAUUGAAAUCCUCCAGCCCCACACAAAUUUAAAAGAGUUGGAAAUAUAUAAUUACAAAGGAGAGGUGAGAAAGGUGGGUGGUGAGUUUACUGGGGAUGAUAACAAUGCGGGAAGUGGUGGUGGUGGUGUCUCAUUCCUGAAGCUCGAGACCCUCAUCUUCUUCCAGAUGCCAAAAUGGGAGCGAGGAGUGGGAAUUGAGAGGUGGAGAAGGAGAGGUUAUGCCAUCUCUCCUCCAAUUAACAAUAAGUAA